GCUGAAAGCUAUAUUAUGGCUGCAUCUGCCCCCAUUUCCUUAUCGAAAACUUAAUGAGACCCAUAUUCACCCUCAUUGCCCAUUUUACUGCUGGUGAUCUUGUUUGUUAGUUCUUGAACUAAGGCGACGAUCUGAAUAUCCAUUGCCGAGGUCACCCCAGGCGCUAAGCGAGGCCGACCCCUUAAUUCAAAAUGAUGCAAUUCAUCACCUCCAUCGUUGCUAUUCUGGGCGGCAGCAGCACGAACCCUUCCCCAGUAUCGGGUGGAUUGGUGGUAGACACAGCUCCGACCACCCCGCAUCGACCUUAUGUCCUCCCUAACCUCAAAGGCGCCGCUGUUGAUUUUGGCGGAUUGAUCAUUCGAACACUUGUUCCCAACGUCACUUCGAGCGGUGGCUUGUCCAUUGUCAGCGUCAACUCUGGCCCGGCGGCUUUGAAUCUGAUUCACCACCACAAAGAGGUCGAGGCAUUCUACGCUCUUAAGGGUGGUGUUCAAGUCUUCCACAACUCCAACCAAGGCCGCCAAUUGCAGGCCAACGAUUUUGCUCUGCUGGCACCUGGUAACAACCACACUUACCGUCCUAAUGACCUCGACCUCCAACUCACAUUAUGCAUGGCCCCUGGGGGGAUUGAUGAGUUCUUUACCUCCGCCAGCAAUGCGUAUAGCUCAUCAGGUCCAUUCAAUCCAGGACAUUCGUCCCAGCUGAACAUCACCAAAGUCUUGGGACUAAUGCCGCAAUAUAAUAUCAUACCAGAGCCGUUCAAUACUAUCAACACGGACUGGGUCAAUGGCACAACCGAGGACGGCUUAGACACUUGGCAGGUAGCCGAACAGACCUUGCCGACAGAUACUUCCAAGCCAUACUUCAUUUCCAGCAACCGUGGACCAAAAUAUCUGAGUCAAGAUGCUGGCAAGGUCAUUGCUCAGCUGGCCUCACCGAAGCAAACGAACAACAAACUGUCCGUUGCAACAAUCGCAAUGAAACCAGGCCCCAAGCCUGCUGCUUCCAGGUUUAAUGUGGACCAAGCUUUCCAGGUGACGGAGGGUCAGCUUCACGUUGAGAUCAACGGCGAGAGAGCACAAUUGAUCUUUGGCGAUCUGGUCUUCAUUCCCAGAGGAACAUAUUUCAAUUACUGGUCGACUGUCGGCUUUACCAAGUUCGUUGCCUGGUCUGCUGGACCAGGACUUUCGGACAGUCUCAUUCAAGGAGCGGAAGAAUGGGAUUAUGCUGUGUGGCCAGCGUGACGUGACUGUGAGGAUGAAAGCACGUUUCACUAUUGAUAUCAAAGACAUUCGGUCUAUCGUAACAAAUCAAUUGACAGACGGUCAGCUUCGGCGCACACUUGCAAAAGCGAAGUAACGGACUGUGUUUCAGGGUAAAAAGGCCCUGGCAGAUGGGAGCAAUUUGUUGCAUUUGGGACGCCUGGCAGGAUUAGAUAGCUCAAAAUAAUGAUAUCCUACUUGCCCUCCUUGGACACA